UUUACUGCAGUGCUAACAAGUAAGUUUCCUUCUUGGAGCACAACCCUCUGAGAUGACCUGGCUCCCUCCGGUUGAUUAAGGAGCAUUAGGCACACAGAAAAUGUUUAAUGGAAAGCCACUCACAAUCAAUUAUUUAAGCAAGCAUUCAAAAAAUACUUUUCAGAUUAUACUGAGUUUGCCCUCAGAAGUAGAAUUUCUGCACUGGAGGACCUAAAGAAACUGCCACCAUCAGAGGAUUACAAGGACUGUUUGUUCCACCAUUGACCUGUUCAUACAACAGAAUGAAAAUCUUCCCUGGGCACUGUUGAAGUUCAAGAUGACUGACAACAGAAGUGCAGCAGUCAUCAGCCACGCAAGAUAAACAGUAUGAACAUGCACUGUCACAGGCUGCAGAGUUCAAGUUUUAGAAACGGAGCAAUCUACAAAAGUAAGCUCCUUGAAUUUCGAAUGAAAUAGCCUAUGUUGAAAAACAAAAUUGAGAGUUAAGAAUGAUUACGCACAAAAUCUGCCUAGGACAAACUGAAGUUGUAUCGUAUGCCGUGUGAAAGGAAUACAGUGACCGGCUGACAAGAACUGGUACCAGAGUUUGUUCACUACUCAGUCACAGGGGGUGGGGAAAAAAAAUGGCAGACCGUCUUCAAGAGCUUAAACUGAGAACAAAGGAACUGCAGCUAGAUGAAGAGAAGAGCCAUGUACCUGGGGGAAAAGAGGAACAAGGAGAGCUUGAGCAGCAAGCAGUUAUUUAUGAGAAAGAGCCCCUAACAGAGAGGCACUUACAUGAAAUCCAAAAGCUACAGGAUGACAUUAGUAACCUAGCAGAGGAGGUUCAAAAGUUUGGUCAGCAACAGAAAAGCCUUGUGUCUUCAAUGAGAAGGUUCAGUGUUCUUAAAAGGGAGUCUAACAUUACAAGAGAAAUAAAAAUUCAAGCAGAGCAAAUAAAUAAAAACUUAGAGGAACUGUCAAAAACCGUGAAGAAGGCUGAAAGAGAGCAUGGGCCAUCUUCUGCUAUUGCAAGAAUUCUUACAUCACAGCAUGCUUUCCUAUUCCAGCAUUUCCAGAAAACCAUGCAUUUGUACAAUGAUGUUAUAAUAGCUAAGCAGGAAAAAUGCAAGACUUUUAUUAUCCGUCAGCUUGAAGUCGCCGGCAAAGAAAUAUCUGAGGAAGAAGUCAAUGAAAUGCUUCAGCAAGGAAAAUGGGAGGUUUUCAAUGAAAACCUGCUCACUGAAGUCAAAAUCACUAGAGCUCAGUUAUCUGAGAUUGAACAAAGGCACAAAGAACUGGUCAAUCUAGAGAAUGAGAUCAAAGACCUAAAAGAACUCUUUAUCCAGAUUUCACUUCUGGUGGAGGAGCAAGGAGGAAUAAUAGACAAUAUUGAAAUGAAUGUAAGCAAUACUCAAGACUAUGUUCAAACUUCAAAGGAAAAGUUCAGACUUGCAGUCAAGUAUAAGAAAAGAAACCCCUGCAAAACUCUAUGUUGCUGGUGUUGUCCAUGCUGCAGAUGACAGAAGUUAGGUGUCUGAAAUACUGAUGCCUACCAUUUUGCCAACCAGACUUUUAAAGCAGCUCUGCAGUGUCAUUUACUUUGCCCAACCCCAGAAUUCCUUUUCACUCUGCCUGUUAUACAUGCCACACUCCAAGAGUCACAUCUGCUCUUCCUAGCAGCUAGGGGAUUGUGAAGGGAAAUCUCAGCUGUUUCUGAAACUUAUUGCCACCCACCACCCAAAAAAAAAAAACCACCAAAAAACCCCACAAAAAACAAAAAAAGAGCAGCAAAGAGAGAAGGGAAAAAGUCACCUUUACUUGUCCUCUUGGAAAACAAGCAGCUCUCCAGGAAGUAUAAACAGACUGUGAUACAAACACACGAUGGCAUGAUGCCUUGCCGGUGCUGCUGGCAAGUGUUGAUUAAACUGUGAACUCCAGACACUGUGAAGCCAUAAGACUGGUUUACUUACAAGGUUUUUAAAAUACGUUGCAUUA